UAAUAUGUCUGACAAUACAACAUAUGAGGAUUGGGGAAUGGUUAUCGAUUGGAAUGGGAAAAAUAAAAGUAAUGUCGGUUUCGGAAUAUCAUCAUCUUAUUUGGAACCAGAUAAUUCCUGGAUACCAAGUUAUGGCAUAACAAUUAACCGUGAUCCAAGAAAAGGGUUUUUACGUUUUUCUUUAAUGCCAAAAACGACCCAUUUCGCAUGGGAACAAUAUAUGGUUGAUACGAUCAUAAUAGGUCCAAGUAAUGGCUUUUUUAUCAUUUUAGCAACAUUGGAUAGCGGAUACGCAAUAGUGUAUAAUCAAACAGAAAAUGCUAAUGGUAAUAGCUCAUUAGAAUAUAUAGGAUUAUAUUCUGUAUUCUUGGCUUAUAACCAAACUAAAACAAGCAAGCCGAUUAUUUUAUUUAAAAUACCAUCAACAAAUAUAACAUUAGACUACUUAGCAUGUUCCGUUGAUUACGUUUUUAUUGGCUAUGUAUGCAUCCUAAAUGUAAACGAAAAAAUUACAGCUACAACUAAUGCUAAUAUGAUUACGACUACAUUUGCAGCAAAGCCUAUUGCCACACCAGACGGCAAUAUAUCAUCAAAUAUGACAGUGAAAACAUUUUACAAAAUACGAUUCCUUUCCACGGGAUCUGUUGUAGCAUUUAAUCGGAUGUUCAGUUUAAAUAGUUCAGAAAAUGAUUUAACAUUUAUUUUGAUAUUUAGACUUGGUGGAUAUACAUUUACGUUCACAGACUCCUACCUAUUUUAUUAUGACCCCGCCAAAAAGAUUUAUUUUUACGAUGAAUAUGAUAAAAUAAUUAAUUUGACAAAUUUUGAAUUUUUUAAAAACUUUUCAGUCGUCGAUUUAUCAUACACUUUAUUGCCAAAUAAUACAUUCCUAAAUGCGUUAAAAACAAAUGUUACUACAGAAACAAACAACACCUGGAGGCUCUUAUCAAUCGAUAUACCGCAGCUUUCUCCGUAUGGAGAUCAUCGAUAUAAUAAUUUACAAAUUAAUUCAACAAUUCCUGCUAUUGGUGUUAAAAUUCAAUUGAAUUUUGACAUAAUUUCUAUUACGUUUCAUGAACCUAUUUCAUAUUCAAAUGGCAAUCUAACUAUUUUUCAAAGAAUUAAUCAGAACAAUAGUAUUAUUCGACAGAUUAUUAAUUCAAGAACCUGUAAUUGCUCUCUUUCAGACAAUCAGAUCACUAUCCAAUUUAGUGUGUUGCACAGCACUUUUAAUAAGCCAGGUGGUCAAUAUUAUAUACAGAUGGACUAUGAUUUUGUAAAAAGUGCAGAAUACAAUGAGCCUAUGCUUGGUAUUGAUCAGCACGUAUGGGCGUUUGAAACAGGUGUUUCAGGAAAACUGCUGCUAACAAAGAGUGGAUCACAGUAUUUUCAAAUUUUGGAUAAUAAUGGAAAGCAUGACUUUUUUAUUAUUUUAAUAAAAGAACUUACAGACAUGAUUCCUAUUGAACAGGAAAGAUUAAGUUCAAAUGAACAUUAUCAAUUAUAUAAUCCUGGGUCCGACUCAAAGCAGAUUAUUAUAAUGCUUUCUAUUAGUGAAUCAAGAAAUAAUAAUGAAAGUAUUGCUUCAGUAAUCAAAGACGAUUUGAAUUUAUUGAUAUUGGAAAAAGAAUUUACAGCAAUAUCAGGAGGAAAUGUUACGAAAUAUUUAGAUGAAAGCUACGGAUUUCAGUUAAUUGGUAAUAAUCAAUCAUUUAUUGGCUUUUAUCAUCGUAUAUUAAUUUAG